AUGGCCGCCCGACCGAGGAGUGUGAUCGACGCCAGCAGGGGAACGCCAAGCGUAGCUCGCUUCCGGCUGCGGGGGCUGGAGUCACUCCUGGCCUGGUUGGUCUCUGUAGGAGCGGACAUCGUCGGACGCGGCGUGGCCGACCCGCCGCGUUACGGGGCAAGCCACCGCCGGCCACCGGCGUUCGCGCAGGGCUGUAAGUGCACGGAGGGCACGCCGUACCAUAAUAUCGCUUCCGAUUUCGCGACCUCCUCCGUAAAGGGCGAUGUAGCGGCGGCGAGGGCCAGGAAACUACUGUUGGACCGUAGCAAAGAGUUUGUAGAAGAGCGGGUGUUUCGAAGAAGCUUUAUCGAGCCGGACUUGAAGCUGGUCUUGGAGACGCCAGCUAUUGUAAAAUCCAACGAGUAUAUUGACAAGCUCGAGCUUGAGAGGGGCAUGUGGCGCUGGCGCUGGUCUCUCCCCGCGAGCACUGAGGUUACCCUGGAUGAAGUUUCCGUCGAGCAUGGCGACGACGACAGGCUUCUGGUCGGCGACGACGGGCUUCUAAUCGCCGAAGCAUAUCCUCGACCUGCUGGAGUCGUGCAUCUUCGUCACCUUUUUUAUCCUGAUGCGGCAUUGGCGCUGCUUGCGUCGAUGUAGGCGGAGUUUAAAAGGAAUCGGGCUUCGGGUGUAAAGUAU